UACAGUGCGGCGAAAGCAUGUUGUGUGUUGCACUGCGUGUAGGAUGUUAAGAAACGGAGACUCGUUUAUAUCGUGGUUGAACCUUUUUGUAGUUUAAUUGCUUUUUUAAGCGAUGUAGUGGAUUUCGGAAAAGAUUGAAUGAAUGGCUGAAUCUGUACGUGUUCAGUUGUGGAUUGCGUUCCUGUAAAUGAAUUACAGCAGUUUUUCUUCUGAACAUCCGUCGUCAAAGUAUUAAUACAAGUCAUUCUAUUCAUGUAAAAGGCAGAAACGCCGCGUUGCUUUAAAAUAAUUGUUAGCGUUUUACUAGUUGUUACUAUUUUUUAUCUCACCAACAUCUUACAAAUAUCUGUUAUUAACUGAACGAUAUCCGAUGUCAAAAUGCUGUAUUUCAUAGGAUUGGGUUUAGGAGAUGCUAAAGAUAUCACAGUCAAAGGCUUAGAGACUAUUAGAAAGUGCAGUCGAGUUUAUCUGGAAGCUUACACGUCUAUACUUACUGUGGGGAAGGAAGCGUUGGAGGAAUACUACGGCAGAGAGCUGAUCCUGGCGGACAGGGACAUGGUGGAACAGGAGGCAGAUGGCAUUCUGAAGGGGGCGGAUGUCAGUGACGUGGCAUUCCUGGUGGUUGGAGACCCGUUUGGGGCAACUACCCACAGUGACCUGGUUUUGCGAGCGGUGAAGGCCGGUGUGCAGCACAGAGUCAUCCACAAUGCCUCGAUCAUGAAUGCAGUUGGGUGCUGUGGACUGCAGCUGUACAGUUUUGGGGAGACGGUGUCCAUAGUGUUCUGGACAGACACGUGGAAGCCUGAGAGCUUUUAUGAUAAAAUUAGGAAGAAUCGCGCCAGUGGAAUGCACACCCUCUGUCUGCUCGAUAUUAAAGUCAAGGAGCAGUCCCUGGAGAAUUUAAUGAGGGGUCGGAAGAUUUAUGAGCCACCACGCUACAUGAGUGUGAAGCAGGCUGCCCAGCAACUCUUGGAGAUUGUCCACAAUAGGAGGGAGCAGCACGAGGAGCUGGCCAUCACUGAAGACACCAUCUGCGUGGGUCUGGCCAGGGUGGGGGCGGAAAACCAGAAGAUCUGCACCGGCACCCUUACAGAGAUGGCAUUGGCUGACCUGGGGCCACCCCUGCAUUCUCUGAUCAUCACAGGGGACAUGCACCCCCUGGAGAUUGACAUGUUGAGACUAUUUGCUCUGGACCAGGCCACUUUCCACAAUCUGAAACUGACAGACAGCUCUACUUACACAUCCUAGAGCUGCAUGAGACCCAGAGUGCUCUGAGACUUGCAAAGACCUGUGUGAAGAUUCAUAGAAACUCACCGUACUCUUAAAGUGUGAAAUAAAAAUUGCCUUAACAAACAAUGAACCCUGGUGUGUGGGAAGGAUAUUCUUGCAUGCAAUUAAGUCUGACAUAUCUGCCUGUAAUAAUACAGCAAGAUUGAAUUGAUUAAAAACCUUCCACUCCUUUUUA